AUGAAGUUGUUAACGCCAAUCACAGCAGCCCAAGUGGCAUGUCUACUUGGAUACAUUCAACUGCUGUCCUACUGGGCCUACGCUGAAUAUCUCGAAUACAACAAGUCCAGUCGUCCAAAAGCCCAUGCGGAUGACGAGAAGAAGCCUACAGACGAGGAGUCGACGCCGCUCGUCGAUGCGUCACCAGGAACGCCCAGCAGCAGAGCGCUCGCUAAUACCACACCCACCACGAUCGGCGGCAUCGUGCGACAAUACAUAGUCCGGUUCCUCACCAUGAACGAGUCGUUUCUUCUCGACAACCGCCUCACCCUUCGCGCCAUUGCUGAGUUUGGAGGCCUGAUUCUUUACUACUUCAUCUGCGAUCGCACAGACAUCUUCGGCGAAUCCACCAAGCAUUACAGCCGGGACCUGUUCAUCUUCCUGUACGCGCUAUUGGUGCUGACGUGCUUCUUCACAUCGCUAACGAAGCACACGGGCGCGUCCCUGGCGACGGGCAAGUCCAUCCAAUACCUCAACCGCCACCAGACGGAGGAGUGGAAGGGAUGGAUGCAGAUCAUCUUCCUCAUGUACCACUACUGGGAGGCGCGUGAGAUCUACAACUCCAUCCGCCUCUUUAUCGCGGCCUACGUGUGGAUGACGGGGUUCGGCAACUUCUCCUACUACUAUGUCCGCAAGGACUUUGGCCUCGGCCGCUUCUGCCAGAUGAUGUGGCGGCUCAACUUCCUCGUCUUCUUCUGCUGCCUGGCUUUAACGAACGACUACAUGCUGUACUACAUCUGCCCCAUGCACACGCUCUUCACCGUCAUGGUCUACGCCGCGCUCGGCAUCUACAGCAAGUACAACGAGCUGCCUGCUGUCAUUGGGAUGAAGAUUGGCAUCUGCUUCGUUGUGGUGUUCCUGCUCUGGGAGGUUCAGGGCGUGUUCGAGCUCGUGUGGGGGCCCUUCACCUUCCUCAUGGGCUACAUCGACCCGCGCAAGCCGGACCUGCCGCUGCUGCACGAGUGGCAUUUCCGGUCGGGGCUGGACCGGUACAUCUGGAUCAUUGGCAUGAUCUACGCCUACUUCCACCCCAUGGUCGAGCGCUGGCUCGAGAAGCUCGAGGAGAUGCACCACAUGACCCGCAACGCCAUCCGCGCCGCUAUUGUCGCUGUCUGCCUCUCGGUGGGCUAUGUGUGGUAUGUGAACGUCUACUGCUUGGACAAAUUCGCCUACAACGCUAUCCAUCCAUACACAUCCUGGAUCCCCAUCACCAUCUACAUUGCGCUGCGCAAUUUGACCCAGCCUCUGCGAAACUGGUCGCUGGCGCUCUUUGGCUGGCUCGGCAAGAUCACCCUCGAGACCUACAUUGGCCAGUUCCACAUCUGGCUCAGGACGGGCAUGCCCAACGGCCAGCCAGCCAUGCUGCUGAGUUUUGUGCGCGACUACCCCCUUGUCAACUUCAUGCUCUCCACUGCCGUCUACAUCCUCGUAUCCCUGCGGCUGUUUGAGCUGACCAACACGCUCAAGAACUCGUUUGUGCCACACAAGGACAACACGAAGCUGGGCGCCAACACUGUCGCUGGAACCAUCUUCAUGGGCGUCACCUAUGUCUCUGCCGUGCUGCUGCUGCUCGCCAUCCGUCUGCUGGUCCCAGCUGACGCUGUUUUGGAUAUGGCUACUAAGCCAGCAGACCCUUGA